GCUUAUAGCAAGGUUGAAGGGGGGGAAGAAAACCCUGAGCGAUUAUCUGGUGGCCUCAGUAUCUGCCUACAGCUCCCAUUGCUAUGUUUGGGGUCCAUUGACAAAUAAUGGCACCCAUUGUCUUUUGUCCUUUCUGUUUAUCUAUAAACACAACCAUGGCAUGAACUAAUUUUUUCUCACUUUGCGAUCUUCUAUACCAGCUUAUGUGUCGAGUGAUCACUAUCCGUCCACAAGAGACUUCGUUUCGUAAUCGAUCAAUUCACCAUGACACCGAAAAAGAACCGCCGUAUCUUGACGCGCCCACCGAAAGUCAUCCCAAAUUUUGGCACCAACAAGCCUUUUGCUGACUUCUCUGACUUUGUGGCCCAGAAAGCUAAACAGCAUGUUGAGGAGUUCUCGGAGAAUAACAAGAGCUUUAUUCCGUUUCCUAUAUUACGCGACUAUUGGAAAAUAGGAAAAAUCGCAAGCGUCUUGAAUGCUUCCAACCCACCGCUUCCCUUUUGUGUGGAUACUAUUCGGGACGGCUACAUUCGUGUGUUUUCUAUGCUUGUCUACUGCGGCCAAGUCUCCAACUUAGAACACUUCACCAAGCACAACUUGCACGACAAUGUACUGCCGCUCAAGAAACGCCCGGAUGAAUGGAAGGGCAGUUUCUACGAUAAUUUAUAUGGCAGCGUUUCCAGGAACCAAUGGAUGUUCUUCCCGCUGAUCUUCACACCUACCAACCUAGAAGAUUGUCACCUGAACCCCAACCAGGUGUUACCAAUCGUCAAGCUGGAAAGAAUCACACACGAACGCAUUACACAGGGAGAUGCGGCGAUCAUCCAAAAGAUGACUCUUGACGAUUCAAGCCAUUCUCUCGAAGGCCGACCAAAUCAGAACACCUUCGUACUAAAGACGUACCAUAAUCCCAGAUUCCACCGGAUAUACGAAAAUGAAGUUAACGCUCUACGGACGCUCAACAACUCGCGUUCUCCCAACGUCAUUACUUACUAUGGCUCCUUUCGGCAGAAUGGUACUUGCAACAUAAUACUCGAAUAUGCCAAUGGGGGUGAUCUAGCUGAGUUUCUCAAGAAAACUCCCAGUCCGAAGGGGGAUGAAGUCAUCCAGUUCUGGAAAAUCAUGUCUCUAUGCUUCACAGGUCUGCACUGUAUCCACCACUUGAUAAAUUCAGGCGGUAAUAACCUUAACGGGAUUCACGAAGAUAUCAAGCCCGAGAAUAUCUUACUAUUCAAAGGGUCCUCGGGUUCGCCUUAUGACUUCGUCCCUAAGAUCGCAGACUUCGGGCUCUUCACGCGUGUAAGGGGUUCGAAAACGAAUAGCAUCGACGCGAUGGGACGCGAUAGAAUCGGGAAUCAGUUCUACAGCUCCCCUGAGUCUAGUCAUCAUGCCUUAUAUCACGAGAACAUCCCCAAUACGAUCAACACCCGGGCGGAUAUUUUCUCCUUUGGAACCGUCCUAAGCGAAGCUUCCGCUUGGGUAAUGGGGGGCCCUAGUGAGAUAACCGAAUACUAUGAGCGACGGAAAGCUUAUCACCAAACCCUACGAGCUUUUCGCGGCAACGAUUACGAAGGUUGCUUCCACGACGGUUUGAAACGGCUCCCUGUCGUCGACGAGAUGCACGCAACCAUCCGCGAACACUGCAUAUCCGUCGACGACCUUAUUACACCUCGUGUCAUCGACGUCAUAGAAAAGCAUAUGUUGUUGUCCAAUGCAAACAAUCGAUCUAACGCGAGGCAAAUGCAAGACAGGUUUCAACAGAUCUUUGACUGUCCAAACAACGAGUCACUCAACUCGUCGCCUAGGACGCUACAACCAGAGCCGCCGCCACCAACGAAAAGGCAAGGGCUGUCUCUAGCGAAGUUAGGAGAGUAUAUGAGCAAACGACCGUCCACCACAAGCCGCAACAGAGGCGACUAUCACAGUUCUAUGAAGAUGGAAAUCGAAAGAAUCGUGAAAAAUCUCGAGGUCAACGUUCCCGAUAGGCAUCACAUGUUCUUCAUCGACGACUCGACCUCGAUGAAGGAGCAUGCAGAGUCAAUCGAGGAUGCUUUUCUAGGACUCUACUCUCUAACGAGGCGGCUCGAAGGACACAAAGUUGAGCUCUCUUUCGUGUCAGGACCUAGGCGUCCGUGUUACAGUCGUCGGAGCAAGAAAUUGCCCAAGCUAGUAGCACGGCGAGAGUAUGAACGCGAGCCAGAUAUGAUGGAGAUUCGUUUUAGACGCUUGAUCGAUGAUGUGAUCAUCCCACGCCUACCGAACUACAUACGCGGUUUCAACAUUAACAUUCGCGCCAGAAGCCCUACGAGUAUCUACGUUUUCACCGACGGUAAUUGGCGUGGGGAUGACACGGCAGCGUGCGGCGUGGAGACAUCCAUUAAGCUGUUGAGGAAAGAACUAGCGAAAAGGAACCUGGAUAGGAAUUAUAUAUCCUUCCACUUCGUGCGGCUCGGCGAUAGCGAGAACGGGAAGAGAUACCUCAACUACCUAGAUCGUUUUGGCCGGCGCGAUGAGCAGGAUAACGUCGAUGUCAAGACUAUGUCUAGCCCUGUUAAGUCAAUUCUGAUCGGCCCUCUUAGCCAAACCAACGACGACUCAGACGAAGAAGACGACGAUUUGUAGAAGGAUAAGACUUGAGGACGGAACACUACCCUCUUUAUAUAUAUAUUGCAUCGAACCUAUCUUCAUAAUUCUCGGCGCGCAAACUAGAACGGAUCGAGGCACUUUGAUUUCCCCGCGGGCGCAUAAAGAACAGAUACAGAAUAUACCCAGGCAUUCAGACAUCUAGCUAAUAAAUAAUAUUUCCCCCCUUCAUCACCUCGGAACCCCUUUGUUAGCGCUUCCCGUUGGAGUUCUACUCACCCCUAACGUUUUCUGCCUUAUAUACAAUAAUAAGAGGGCUUUCUGUCACAUACGACCAUAGGAUCUAGAGAAUUCGGGAUCCCGUCCGCUCUCCCCUAGACAAGCUGGAUACCGCUGGAUCAGUAGUUGGGUCGGUGACGACCAGCGAAUCCCCAGUGUUGUACGUUUUCUUUUUUUCUUUUUUUUUCUGACCCACCCCCUAUUUUAGGUCGCCACAGCGUGCACACCGUAUCUCAUAGCUAUGGUGGUGGGUGUAUCGAAGUUUCUCGAGCACAAAUCAUAUCUCUUUAGAUUAGCACGUUAGACCAGGAGGUAUCACAACUAUUCUUCA